GUUUUUUUUACUUAAUCGACGAGCACAAUGGCUCAAAAUUCAACUAAAUUUUCGGUAGUUCUUUUUACGAAAGAAAAAAGUGUUGCUGCAGUUCCGACGACGUGGCUGCUAGAAGAGAAAGGCCGGACUUUUUGUAAAUGGCCAAAAGGGCCUAAUGCUGCAACUCUCGUCCACGACGGAAAUAGUGUCCCACGGAAAGGGUGGUCAAGUUUUCCCGUAAAGAUUUACAGAGGAUUGGGGAGUGACGACUACACUACAGCAAACACUAAUGCAGACGAGGCAAGAGCACUGACCAGUCCGAGCGAGGAGGAAAGUCCCCCCUCGUCCCCUCCCACCCCCGUCAAAGUUAACUCAAAACCACGCCAACGACAACAUUCAUCCGAUAGCGAGACCAAUUCUAGGAGGAAUUUUGAUACAGAAGUUCCCGACAUUGACACAAAUAGAAGUAGCAGUGUCACGAUUGAUGACGUCGAAGAAACAGUUGCAGCACAUUCGUCCCAGGCAGUCUUCAAUUUAAAUAUUGCUGGCGCUGAGGAAGAUCAAUCAGAAUCUCAGCUAAAUUAUGCAACUUUUUCAGCUCCUCUCACGGUUACCAGUCAAGGGUUUGAGGUCAAUGUAUUGAGUUACCUAAUCGACAUUAAGACCGAACUAUCCAGAUUAUCAGCUCAAGUGGCAGCGAUAGCGGCCGGAAGUGACUCUGGCGAGGAUUCUGGAGAGGAAUUUCAACUUCCGAUUGCCACCGAGGAACAACUUAUGGAAAUAGAGUUAAAGUUAAAUGAACGUGGGGCAAGAAAAAUAUUGUUCAAGCAAAUUGUUAAAGUCGGUGGACUUGAUAUUAAGGAUACGGUCGAACGAGUGCUAGCAAAAGUUUUUGGUCAGGCUAUAGCGGAACAGACGUCCCUAACAGGAAGGAGUAACAAGUUUGCUUUUGAUAAACUUAAACUCUUCAACGUUAUAGUGGAUGCUAUACUAAAAAACCCCUUAUGUUCCAAUAAGACUCAAAAGGACGUGGAAGUUGAAGCAACACGGUGGUUUGGUAACGCGAAGGAUCGCGACGGUGGAAGGGAAAGGCGACGUAAUAAGAAGUUACCCCCGGCUAAUAAUUGAUUGGCAGAAUGGAGUCAUCAAAAUCAACCAAAUAUAGA